AUGGACAUCUGUGCGGAGUCCGAGGACCAAGAUCCCUUCUACAUCAUCGACCUCAGCAUGGUGCUGAAGAAGCUCAACGACUGGAAGAGCUUCAUGCCGCGGGUACAGCCCUUCUACGCCAUCAAGUGCAACAACGACUCCUUCAUCUGCAAGCUCCUCGCGCUCUCAGGCUGCGGCUUCGAUUGCGCGUCAAAGCCCGAGAUUGAGUUCGCACUCAACAUGGGAGUGGAACCGGAGCGCAUCAUCUACGCGAACCCAUGCAAGGCCGAGGCGAUGCUCCGCUACGCCAAGGACAAAGGGGUGAGGAAGAUGACGGCAGACAAUGUGGAGGAGCUUCACAAGAUCGCAAGCAUCUUCCCUGCUGCUCAGAUCGUCCUGCGCAUCGCCGUCGACGACUCCAAGUCUGUCUGCCGCUUCAACUCCAAGUUUGGAGCUGCACAGCAUGAGUGGGAGAAGCUUCUGCAGGUUGCCAAGACCCUCGGGCUCGACAUCGCAGGCUUCAGCUUCCACGUAGGGUCAGGAUGUGGAGACGUCAAGGCUUUUUCCGAUGCCGUCGCCUCUGCUCGCGACGCCUUCGACAUGGCCGAGGCCUACGGCUUCGCUCCCUUCCUUCUGGACUGCGGCGGAGGGUUCCCCGGCUCUGAUGACGGUCACUUCACCUUCAGGGAGGUGGCGGAGAUUCUCGCCAACGCCAUCGACCACUACUUCCCUCCCUCCUCCGGCGUUCAGAUCAUCGCCGAGCCUGGGCGUUACAUGGUCGCUGCCAGCCACACCUACGCCGUCGCUGUUAUUGCCAAGCGCCAGCUCACAGCAGAUCAGCUGACGGGCACUGCGGAGAUCGAGUCGUUCGGAGCGAGGGCAGGGAAGGAGGAGACCUCUGUUGACUCGACACCGGACGUGGCUCUCUACAUCAGCGACGGAUGCUACGGGUCCUUCAACUGUGUCGUGUUCGAUCAUGCCAUCCUGACCCCGCAAGUGCUGGGCAAGAAGGCGGACCUUCCCUUCCUCGUCCCCACCAAGCUCUUCGGGCCCACCUGUGACAGCAUCGACGUGGUCAUGGGCUGCACGCGCCUUCCCGACCUCUCGGUCGGCGACUGGCUCUGGUUCUCCAACAUGGGAGCCUACACCCGAUGCGCGUCCUCCCGCUUUAACGGGCAAGGAGCUCACUCCCUGCACUACGUGUGGGCGGGAGUCCCUUCCUCUUGA